CUAUCACAGUACUAACACUUUGUUCUGAAAAAAUGAGUUUUCCUGGUGCGAAGCUGGGGACAAURUAACUCGGYCGGCUGCACAGGUGGACAGGUUCAGAGCUAUCUUGUACAAGCGGUAACAAUUGUUCCUCACGUCGUAAUGCGUCCGACUUCUUCAAAAAUAUACGCGGCGAUUCUUUCAUUAUGUAAUGUUCGUGCAAUCCACAAGACGAAAUGAUGUUCUUUCCGGAUGACGAUUCUCUCCGUUGAUUGCACCUUGAUGGCAAUUGGGCCAGCAAGCAAUCCAUUCGRGAAGCUGUUAGAUCCAACUGGCUUGAUGACUGACUUACUCGCUCACCUACUCACUCACAAUUCCUCGGAUGCCACAGAUGCUACAGAUGCCACAGAAGAUGCCGCAGCCUCGCCCGCUGCAAACCCUUGCUCGACCAGGGGCAWUUCCCUKAGUUGCGCGAGUUCCCGGGACAGGUCCAAGCCUUUCUGUAGCAAAAGGAUACAGAUACAGAUCAUGAGAAGGAUCGAAAYGUUCAUGAGCGGAUCGUACAGCUGGGAAAGAGUGUCGGCCGGGACAGGAUUGACGGCGGCCUCUUCCUCCACGGCGGUGCUCUCGUUUGCCAAAUCAGAAGCAGGGCCUUCGUUACUAUUGGAUUGUUGUUGCUGAAUUGGUUCUUUUUCGUCCUCCACCGUGGUUGGAUCAUUUUUGAUAUCGCUGUCGGUGGUUGCGGAGGCCGCUGCUUUCUCACCAUCAUCAGUUGCUUCCGCUAGCUCUGAUAAUUUGGUCUCGUCGUUUUKGCGAGUUGAUCCCGAAGCAUUGUCGUCGUCGGCUUUCUUUGCUUCCGCUGCUGUGCCCUUCUUUCGUCUACCUUCCGAUGUCUGUUGCAGACGCUGCAGCUCGGCGAUUUCUUUUGAAAAGGCGCUCUUCGACUUCUUCUUUUCGGGAUCCAACUCGGGCAGAAGCUUGGCGMUUGGACCGCAGGUCGGACAAGACCAGGUCUGGGACAGCUUAGCCAGCCGCCUGCGUUCUUCUGGUGAGUAGUCGAGGGCGCCAAUGGCGCCGUCCCCGGGGGUGGGGAGAAAACUAAUAAGUGCCUCCAGAAUCAGUCGGAUCCCCCAGGCCGGCUGCCACAACUCCGGAUGGAAGGCGCUGAAACUCAGACAAAUCUUUGUGUUGGUCUCGAAGCGCCCCGAGGGGGUCAGAAACAUGAUAUGGGGUGGUUUGUAUGGGUAUUCGGCUGGGAGCAAAAUCCGUCCGUGGUAGAUCCCACCCUCAAAGUCCGUACCUUCUGCACCCCGGAUUGUAAAGUGCCAUUCGAACAUAUCGUGCUCCAGCGGGGCCGCAAAAUAUUGGUCGGAGGGAUCCAGCGCCAGUUCCCGGAUGUCGGCUGUGGCAAAAAGAAGGAUGGUAGGCGUCGAGUUGUCGGCAUAACGUUAGGAAACCGAUCCUGGACGGAACGUGUCAAUGAAAACCACAAGCCAUUUUCUGCGCGACGAAAACGCAGAGAAAAGGAAUGAUCCAACAAACGUACCCUGGAUUCUUCGCAAAGAUGGACUUUUGCUCAUUUUGACAACUUUUUAUUGGUUGAUUGCUUCACUCCUGUCUCGUGUGGGAUUUUUUCGCCUUAAAAACUUGUUGCCUUGUAGUUACUSUUGUGUAUUGCUUCGAAAAUCUGUUGUUCCGCACCUUGCAGGUUUUUUCUGCCGAUCCUUCUGUUARUUUCUCAGUUCUUUCUUGUCUGGUUUUCUAUCGACUAUGAUGGCCUGUUCUUGUCUCUGGGUGUAAAAUAUUGCUGAUAGAUUUCCCAGAGCGACAAUGAUGAUGAUUGUGAUUUCUUAUUUCUUUGGUCUUUUCUCUGUUGUUCCGAUGAACUGGCUACGUAAAGGUACGAGUACAUACAGUAGUACGCACAUGGAAGAGCCUCCUAAAAUUACCGUACCGUACUAAGAAGUACUUCUACUGGUUAGCGUGGUACCGUACGUAACGUACAGUUAAGAUAAAAGGGGUUUUCUCUGUUUUCUUGAUCUCGUUCUUCACAACUUGUCGACAGAAUUAUGUCUCGUCGUUCCUUCAAUGCCACACCGAACGUCGUUCAAAAUCGCUCCAAUCAGCGAACGGAAACGCCAGGCUUCUUGAUUGGGUUUAUGGUUUUGUGUGCCCGGAUUAAUUUUUGCGCGAGUUUUGGGAUUAUGACACGUGUUGUUAUUGAAAUGUUGAUUGUUGAUUCAUUCGACUCAUGCUAAUUGGUUCCCGCCACGACUAACCAAGUAACAAAUGAUGCACAAAACUCGAAAGUUUUGCAAUCGUACGGUACGUACGUACUAACCCUGCGGUAUGUAUCGAACCUUCUUGGGCGAUCCAUCAUUUUCCCUUGCCCCCCCGCGCACGCGCACCCCCUUCCCUUGACACGACGUGACUUGCGAUACUGCACAAUGGAGUGCGAAUGCGAGUACGAGUACGUACCCUACGUACUCGUACUCGUACUCGUACCGUGACCUAGGGACGACACCAACAGAAAGGGCCUAGCUCUUUACUACUGUAUUGUACUGUACUUCAACUCAGCGUUAAGCGCGAUGACCAUGAUCGUUUCGAGCGUAGUACCGCACCGUACCUGGUGCUUGGUACGAGUUACCGUAUGGUAGCGCUACCAGGUAACAUUAAUCAAGUCAAGAUCAGAAAAACGAGAAGUGUUUUUCUCAUUAGCCCUGUUGAUUGUACGAUGCCUCAACAUCAUGAUUGGUGCAAACAUUUGUACCGUUUCGAAUGGGUCUCCAAUCAGAAAGCGAAUGGAAAGGAAUUCACGUGCAAGUUCACAAGUACCAUACCGUGCCGUAUUYGCGAGAAGAGAGAACGACUUAAAAUGGAACAGAAACACAGAACCGCUGGGGUUCGUGUUCUACCAACAUCCAUCCCCACUCAAUCUCAAUCUCCGCCGACAAUUCCUCCAUUCAAAUCACAACAUGGAAAAUUCUUCGAUGAAAAAGGCUUUCGAAGCUUGAUCAUUCCAUAGAAACAAAUACUUUCUCGUCUCAUCUCCAGAAAAUUUUCUGCUGCCAUUUCUACAAAGGCAGGAUUCAGGAUGCAACGAUGUCCUAUUUCACGAAAGAACAAGAAGCGAAGGCCGUCGAGUUGAUCCUCAAAGAAUGUAAUUUUUGCCCUCGGUAUAAAGACGGAGACUCAAACAAGAGUGGAGGGGCAAAUAACAGUCAAACCAGUAUGGCCUAUGUCGAACGAGACGAGAACGGAUAUGUCGUAGCCAUGGUCGAUCUCGGUCUGCACAAGGCAGUUACUCCCAAAAUAGGUGAAAAGAACAACAAGAACAACGUUGACAGAAUAAUAUUGGCGGCAACGGAUACUUUGAGGUUAGGGAGCACAAGCCAUUGGAGAUUGCCGCCCUCCAUCGGCUAUCUCACACAUCUCAAGAAGCUCACAGUCUAUCACUGCAAGGGCCUUCCGSGAGAGAUUGUCCAUUUGGCCGGCUCUCUGGAAGAAAUAGCCUUUCAUUUUUGCGACGAGCUGGAUUUUGAGAAUGGGUUCCCGUGGUUGGAAUUCCAGAGUCUCCACAAGCUAACGGACUUCCGCAUCCAUGGGAGGACGUCGUCUUCCUCGAGGGAAGCGAAGCGGAUCCUGCCCAUUCCGGGCCUCCGGGGUCUCCCCAACUUACGGUAUCUCUACUAUCGUGGUCCAAACUUUGGCUCUGGAGACGAGGAACACUCUUUGUGGAAGGACAAGAACGAAAAUCAGCUUUCUAGGUCUCUGCUCGUGCAGGACUUGCUGCAUCCUGGCGUCCGGUUCAAGAACUCCCUUGAGAUCCUCGAGAUCGAACGAGGCAAUCUGACGGAAGUCGACGCAGCCGGCCUGGUGACAGAUGUCUUGCCUCACUACCCCAAACUUCAGCGCUUGGUCUUGCCCAACAACCGGAUUGCGUCACUGGAACUUAUCCUAGCCAAGCAGUCACUGCCGAUCCCUCCCUCGGUCCGGUUGCGCUGCCUAAAUCUGCUCGGGAAUCCGGUCCUGAAUUCCAAAAAAUGCAAAGAUAUUCGGCCCGAACGGAAGAACCUGCUGAGRCUCUUGUCCCUCCACGAAGAGAUUACGAGCCUCGGGCACGGAAUCACCGAAUCUGCCCCGUGCACGACGAAGGUCUUGCUGGCACUAGGUACGUUUUGCAACUGUUUUGGUCUACCGGAACGCUACCUUUGUAAAAUGGACCCUUCCAAUUAAUCCUGGUGCUGCGCACUGUGGUGCAUAUUCACAAACCAACACUUUGUGCUCAAUUUUUCCUUUGUCCUUGAUUUCUCUACGGUUAUGAACAGAUCGAAACGAUGGUGGAGCAGUCUUGCUAUCGAAACGCUUUCGAUCCGUAUCCCUUUCUGUUUGGCCAAUCGUUCUGGAGAGAGCCAACCAUCGAAUUGGCUACCACGAUUGUUCCAAUGUACUCUACCAUUUUCUCAGGAACGGGCCUGUCCUGGGACUGCAGAAGCGACAAAAUAAUCGGUCUUCUGCUGCCCAGAAUGAUUUAAAAGGAGACGAUUUUGUCGGCAUGAUUCCACCGCCAUCACCGAUGAAGGGUGAUACUCGGGUAAUGCCGGUCCUUCGGACGCCGCUGUAUUCCAUCGCGACCUCCAUUGUCACCCCUACCGAUACUGAGACCACGAGCACCAGAAAGAGAAAAAUUUCAAUGCCCUAAACCAAAUCACCGACUGGAGUAGGGGCUGACCUCACUUUGUUUCUUGCAUUUCUGUUUCGCGUCAAGAGUUAUUGUUCUGCGAGUCGCUGAGUCACACUCCUGCGCAAACGCUGCCGUUACGAAAAGAAGAAACGCAUCUAAAAAAAUCCAACAGAAGGCGAUUAUUUCAUAAAUGCAUAUUCGAGAUACAUUGAAAAUUGGCUAUGGUUGCUAUACGGUUAACUUUGCCAUUCCUUGGCUAAUAGAAGUAUUAAAUUUUUAGGGUAUCAAUUCAACAUCAUCUUUAUUGGAACAAAAGGAACAGGAACGGAACAUGGCACUGCCRCCGAUAAUUUUGCAUGCUAAUAGUUAAAUUCACAUUGCACAGUUCUAGUUUAUCCUACAAAGUAAUGGUACUCAAAACUGGCCUAUAUAUUGUUAUAGGUCAUUACAUGUAAAAGCUGGCGGUAUUAUUCUUCCAUAAAAUUGUCUUCCACAAAUUGUGCGCUUUCUGCAACCAUCCACGCUGAUUUUUCUAUGUUCGUAUGGCCGACUGUUUUUGUCUGAACUUGGCCUUCUGUUUCUGUUCCAUUGUCUGAUCUUGCCAACAGAACAGCUGUUGAGUAUCGUAAAGUCGAUGAACGAUUUUCUCGAUAUUUCUCGAAUCGGAUCGGAUUGAAUAAAAUAGUUUCGUAUCG